UAUAUUGAGGAGAAACUUUAUUCUCUCUGAUGGCUUUUACCCAACAUGGAUCUGAGCAGUCAGUGCCAUUGAGCAAGGCACUUCUCCGGACUGUGACUCAUUACAUUUCUUUCAGAGUAGCACUCUGACCCAGAUGGCACAGCCUUCUUCUUCAUGCAGGCAGGUUACUGCAUGUCUAAUCUUAACUAUUCCUGGCCCCAGACCAGCUGGGAGCUGUGAUCUCUUGGGAUGGACCUAAUCCAGAUCAGGAUUAACUGAUCACUUAGAUCUGUGAGACACUAAAACUGUGCGACACUGCAACUAUGAGACAAUAGAAGUGUGUCACGGUUUGAUGGUUUCUGCUCUUUAGCUAGCAGAUCAAUACUGGUAGAAGCUAACGGUGAAGCUACCCAGCUCACCUUCUGCUUGUAGUAUCUGCUCCGGUCCCUUUGUAUUGUAAACCAACCCGGUGACAGGGUUGCUCUCUCAUUCCGGACCUCCAAUCUCUACCCGUACUCCUGAAGCACGUCAUGGUACUGGAUGAAGAUACAUUUGUUUUGCUCAACAUUUUAAACACUCCCCUGUCCACCUCAGGAGAUGACCAGGAGAGAGGUCAAUGACGUCAUCGUUUGUUUGAGGUAAUGACCUCAGAGAGAUUUGACAGGUAAGAAGGUCGGACACACACAGUAAGUCAUCCUCUCAUUACAGACUUAACUGAAGCCAAACUUCCUCCAGAACUCUAAACAGGAUUAGACUAAAGCCUCUGUGACGCCUCUCCCUCGCUGCACCUGACAUCAGCUCUUUCUCCAGCUCAGCGCUCCUUUCUUCUCAAGGGAUUUCUCCUUGUCCAUCAAAAAAGGGUUUUUGGACACAUGAAUCUUUGAGACAAAGGAUGCGGGCUCCAAGCUGGUUGCUAUGGUCAUGGCUGUGGUUGCUAUGCCUUUCUGAUAUCUGGGCAGCAACCUUUAAGCUAGCCCUUAUAGGUCCAUGGUCAUGUGACCCUAUGUUCUCACGGGCGAUGCCGACCGCGGCAGCAAACCUGGCAUUGUCGCGUUUACGGAGUGACAUCACUCUGAGCAGAGGAUACUGGUAUGACAUCAGACUCCUGGAUGAGGACUGCUCUGCUUCCAAAGCACUGACAGAACUUGGGGACAUGGAGGGUUACGGUCAUGCCUACAUUGGACCCUUCAACCCUGCCCUCUGUCAUGCAGCCUCCUUAUUAGCCCAGCAUUGGGAGGCGGGGCUUGCCUCUCCAGGCUGUCUGAAUGCUGAUUGGCCGAACCUGGCCCCAGUCACUCCCCCCAGCAGAGUCCUCUUUACUGUUCUUAGAUUCUUCCGCUGGGCUCAUGUUGCAGUCAUCUCAGCUCCGUCUGACCUAUGGGAGAGCACUGGACAGGAAGUUGCCUCUGCGCUAAGGGUUCUGGGCUUACCCAUUGGUCCGGUGGUCACCAUGGAAACAAAGAAUAAGGGUGGACCCCGGGCUGCGCUCAGAUCUAUUAGAGAUGCCAACAAGGUCAAAGUGGUGAUAAUGUGCAUGAGCUCCGUUUUGAUUGGUGGAGAGGAUCAGAGAGAGCUCCUAUUGGCUGCUCUGGACAUGGGGAUGGUUUCUGAUGGUUAUGUGUUCAUUCCUUACGACGCCCUGUUGUACGCCAUGCCGUACCAGGACGUAGCAUUCCCUCAGCUGACCAAUAGCACGCAGCUUCGGCACGCCUACAGCUCCGUUCUAACCAUUACCAUGGCGUCUGACCAGAGUUUCUACGAAGCUUUUCGUCAAGCUCAAAUUAACCGCGAGAUCCGGUCUGCUGUGGCAGCUACUGAGGUGUCUCCGGUCUUUGGGACCAUCUUCAACAUGGUGUACUUCGUUGCUAAGGCGGUGGAGGAGCGUCGUCAGGCAGGCGGGGGGCACUGGGUGACAGGCAAUCAGCUUGUCCAAUCAGAUGGAGGCUUUGAUUUCCAGGGCUUCAAUCAGGUGUUACAUGGAGGUAGAGAGGGGCGUGGCCUAGUGGCCGGCUACGUGGUGUUGGACAGUGAUGGCGACCGACUCGUGCCAACGCACUCGCUGGCUCCCAAACACACAGAUGGGUCAGUCGGAGGUCUGAGACCGAUGAGUCGCUCCUUCUUCUUCCCUGGAGGAAAACCCCCCUCCGCCAGCUUCUGUUGGUUCAGUCCAGACGAGGCCUGCAGUGGGGGUUUAGACACAGUGGACAUGGUCUUCAGCUUCCUGCUGUUCUGUGGUAUCACUGGAGCUUUCCUCUUCUGGAUCAAGAAGUACAAGAAGACAGCAAACAUCGCCAAACUCAUCCUUACUUUGGAUGAUAUUGUUUUCAUUGAUACUCAUGUCAGUAAGAAGAAACUGAAUGACGAGUCGAUCAUGAGGAGUUUACUUGAAGUUAAAACGCCUCAACGAUCGAUUGCCCGAAGUUACAUCCUGACAACACCUGAGAGCUCUAACAUAGGAGUACUGGAGGGAGACUUGGUUUGGCUGAAGAAGAUCCCCAUCGGAAAGUCGAUAAUGGCUGUAAAUCAAAACACCCAAAGUCUGUUCAGCCAGUUGAGGGAGAUGCGACAUGAGAAUUUAAACCUCUAUGCGGGUUUGUUUCUGGACUCGGGGAUCUUUGCUCUGGUCGUUGAACAAUGUCCUCGAGGGAGUCUGGCCGACCUGCUGGCCGACAGCGAGAUGAGGCUUGACUGGAUGUUUAAGUCCUCCCUUCUGAUGGAUCUUAUCAAGGGAAUGAAGUACCUUCAUCUACGAGGUUUGAGUCACGGUCGUCUAAAGUCCACAAACUGUUUAGUCGACGGACGCUUUGUUCUGAAAAUCACAGACUACGGGCUUCCCAUGAUUCUUCAUUCUCAGAACAUCACCCUACCUGAGGACCCACAAGAGCUGCUUUGGACUGCUCCAGAGCUCUUAAGGAAGCCGGUGCAAGGAGGUUCGUUUUCUGGAGAUGUCUUUAGUUUCUCUAUCAUUAUACAGGAAGUGAUCUCACGAUCACUGCCAUACGCCAUGAUGGACAUGCCUUCCCAAGAGAUAGUGGACCGUCUGAAGCACCCUCCUCCUCUCUGCAGACCACUUGUUUCGUUAGAUGAAGCUCCUGCUGAGUGUCUCAGUCUGAUGAACGAAUGUUGGAAUGAAAAUCCAAACAUGAGGCCGAGCUUUGAUGACAUUUUCAAACAGUUUCGGGGUAUUAACAGAGGGAAGAGGGCAAACAUUAUCGACUCAAUGUUGCGGAUGUUGGAGCAAUACAGUUCCAACCUGGAGGAUCUGAUAAGAGAACGAACAGAUGAACUGGAGGUUGAGAGAAACAAAACAGAUAAGCUGAUUGGACAGCUGCUGCCCAAGUCCGUGGCUCAGGCUCUGAAGAAAGGGAAGCCGGUGCAACCUGAACAUUAUUCAGACUGCACUCUUUACUUUAGUGACAUUGUUGGGUUUACAACCAUCUCAGCUCUAAGUGAACCCAUUGAGGUGGUCGACCUUCUGAAUGACCUCUACACCAUGUUUGAUGCUAUUAUUGCCACUCAUGAUGUCUACAAGGUAGAAACUAUCGGAGAUGCCUACAUGGUGGCUUCAGGUGUUCCCAACAGAAAUGGGAAUCGACACGCAGGUGAAGUGGCCAACAUGUCUCUGGACAUCCUGCACUCAAUCGCAGCUUUCAAGAUCAAACACAUGCCAGAGAUCAAAGUGAAGAUACGCAUCGGACUUCACUCAGGUGCAUUGGUAGCAGGUGUGGUCGGUCACACGAUGCCCAGGUAUUGUCUGUUUGGAGACACAGUGACCACGGCAUCACACAUGGAAGCCAGUGGACUACCCUACAGGAUCCACAUCAGUCUGAAUACAGUGAAGGUCCUCACAAGUCUCAAAGUUGGGUACCACAUAGACACCAGAAAGGCACAGGUGAAGGGCACAGUGGACACAUACUGGUUGAUGGGUCGAGAGGGUUUUGAUAAACCUCUUCCUAUUCCUCCAGACCUCAUUGGAGGGGCCAGUAAUCAUGGAAUCAGUCUGGAUGAGAUUCCAGUUGAAAGAAGACAAAAGUUUCUGGAUCGACAAAAGAAUGCAAAGAAAUAAUGCCAACGCAUGCAGAUUUUACUACAUUUACUAUACAUAUAUUAACACCCAGAUGCACUGAAAUACAUACAUUAACACGCGCACACACACACUACCUCAAGGUGUAGAACAUUUAAUCAGCUGGUGAGAAAUGUUCAGCCCAAACUGGAGGAAUGUGAAUAAAGUGCUGAAUGGACCUGGAUUUUCUCCCUGAACUUAUGAAAGAAGGAAGAGUCAUAACGUCAGUGUGAUUCUGAUUUUGCAUUGAUGCCAGACUUUUGUGCCAGUUCUUUGGAAGCUAUUGGUGUUGGCAUCGCAAGUCCCACUUCAAACGAUCAUGUGUGUUUUGUUUCACCUUGAAAGAGAAAUGCUUCCAUUGAAUAAAAAAUGAGACGAGAA